CUAAUCUCCGUUUCUAUAUACAUUGCUCUUUCUUUUGUUGACUCGUGAUUAUUGUUCCAAUUACGAUUAAGCCUAGCAUUAUCGCAAAUUACCAUGGCAGGUUCAUCAUCAGAUCAUGAUGAAACACCAUUGUCAUAUUUCAAGUAUGAUGUUUUUCUGAGCUUCAGAGGUCACACAAGACGCGAAUUCACAGACGCACUCUAUCAUGCUUUGGUCAACAAAAGAAUCGAGACUUUCAGAGAUAGCGAGAAGCUCAGAAUAGGUGAGGAACUCGAAGGUGCUCUUGUUGAAGCAAUUGAAAGAUCAAGGAUGUCAAUUCUUAUACUGUGCGACGAGUAUCCAACUUCCAAGUGGUGCCUUGAUGAACUCGUCAAGAUCAUGGAGUGUUCCGGCAACGGAACAAGGCGACCGGUGUUACCGGUCUAUUUCCGCGUGGCAAAAUCAGAUGUGCAGUUUCAGAAAAAUAAGUAUGAAACAGCCAUGGCUGCUCAUCAAGAAAAAGGAAGAAACAACCACAAGCUGGAAGCAUGGAAGUCAGCGUUGUCUGAAGUAGGCAAGAUUUAUGGUCAACGUUGUGAUCAGAAAACAGCAUGGGGUGAGGCUAUUGACAACAUUGUUGAAGAGGUCACAACAAGACUUCCUCCUCCGCCUCUAUAUAUCGACCGUCCACUUGGAUGUGAUUCUGAACUUGAGGAGGCAAAAUCACUUCUAGAGAUUGGUUCUCAUGCUACCUGUUUCAUGCUGGGAAUUCAUGGAGAUGGUGACGAAAUAAGCAAAUUUGUUGCAGAGCUGUAUAACAAGAUUAGGCCUCACUUUGUAACUGCAAGUUUUCUUUCCAAUAUCAGUGAGAAAACAAAUGAAAGUGGUGGUGGCCUAGAACAUCUACAAGAAACUCUUCUUUCUGAGAUGGGAGAGGAGGUCAGGACUAAGAUUGGAAGCACAUUCAAAGGAUCCUCUGAAAUAAAACAAAGACUAGGCCAAAAAAGAGUUCUUCUAGUUUUGGAUGAUGUUGAUAGUAUACAACAACUGGAUUCACUAGCUAGAAGAACUGAUUGGUUUGGUCCUGGUAGUAGGAUCAUUAUAACAACAAGAUAUGAAGAUGUGCUAGAUGAUCAUGUUUUGAACAAUGGUGUUGAGGUUAAGAAAUAUUGCAUCGCUGAAGGAAGUAGUUCUGCUGUGAAGGAAGAAAAUGUAGUGGGAUUGGAGAAAGAUUUUGAAAUUGUGAUUAAUCAACUCAAGGAAGAAGAUUCACCUUGGAAUGUUGUUUCCAUUGUUGGCAUGGGUGGGUUAGGCAAGACCACCCUUGCUCGAAUGAUCUACAAUAGCGAUGAGGUGAAGAUGUUAUUCCCUUGCCGUGCAUGGGCAACUGUUUCCAAGGAUUACAGUGGAAAGGAAGUUUUUAAAAGCCUUCUCAAGUGUCUGAAGCCGUCUGCAUCUAAAUUUGAAGAUUCAAGUAGUGAAGUUGAGCUAAAGCAGAAGGUAAAGAAAUGUCUGGAAGGAAAAAAGUACUUGGUAGUCCUUGAUGAUGUCUGGGACAGUAAAGCAUGGCGCACUAUAAAGAAUUGUUUCCCAGAAAACAACCAUGGUGGCAUGAUACUGGUAACUACUCGGAAUGAUCAGGUGGCCUAUGCUUCAGAGUCAAAGGAACCUCAUCACAAGCUUUCCUUUAUGGAUAAAGAAAGAAGUUGGGAACUGUUUCACAAGGAGGUUUUCUGCAGAAGAAAUUGUCCUCCUGAGCUAGAAUCUAUUGGCAGAUCAAUUGUUGAAACUUGCAAGGGUUUACCAUUGGCUAUCAAAACCACAGCUGGGCUUGUUGCAAAGAGGGAGAGAUCAGAGGAUGCAUGGGAAGAGAUUAUGAAUUUACUGCCUUAUUGGAGUGUUGCUGAUGAGGAUAGUAGUGAGGAGAUGAUGGAGCUUUUGAAGUUUAGCUAUGAUGAUUUGCCCAACAAAAUGAAGCCAUGCUUUCUAUAUCUUGGGGUGUUUCCUGAAGAUGAAGAGAUUUGGGUGAGAGAUUUAAUCCGUCUAUGGAUAGCAGAAGGGUUCAUAGAGCCAAUUCAAACUGGAAGAUCAAAAUCACCCCCACAACUUGAAGAUAUUGGUGAGGAAUACUUGAAGGAGCUAGUGGAUCGUAACUUGGUACAAGUGGCAAAGAGAAGGAGUGAUGGCAAAGGCGUGAAAACAUGUCAGAUCCAUGAUCUCUUCCGGGAAUUGUGCAUAUCAGAGAGCAACAAUCCUGAUAACAACAAUAACAAUGCUCGUAGACUGUCCUUUCCUGGGGAUAUAGGAUCCUAUUCAUGUUUAGUAACAUGUAAUCAAUCAUGCACUUGUUCCUUGUUCGUUUAUGGAGAUGAUACACAAGAGUGGCCACAUCAUAUUCCAGAAGAUUGCCGAGUUAAUGUGAUAUAUUUUGCGGAUGGGUUCACAGAUCUAAAUGAGUAUUUGAAGCAGUUGAAAAGCCUCAAGUUCUUGAAAAUGUUCUUCUCUGAAUCAUAUGAGUUAUGUAAGCUUCAGAGUUUAAAAACGUGUCAUGUGAUGAUGAUCAUUGAGAAAGACCUAAGUAUUGGGAGGUUAAAGCAACUGAGACAUCUUCGUUGUGAAAAUGGCUUGAAUUUAUCAGUAGAUGAAGAAGUAGUAAAAGAUAAAAUGCAGAAUCUCCAAACACUAUGUUAUGUAUCUGCCGAUUCACAACUAGGGAGCUUACUCGACAAACUUAAGGAGCCUGCACUGCCUAAACAAUCUACCUUUAAGGAUUUGAAAUCUAAAGAUAUGAAUACCUUGGGACAAAUUCCCAGCCUUCAGAUUUUAAAACUGAGAUUUGGAAGCUGUGAGGAAGAAACUCUUAAUUGUGGUGCUACUGGGAGCUUUCUGCGGCUUCAAGUGUUUAUCAUGGACGGUGUGAAUAUCACAUGUCUUACAUCAGAAGAAGGUGUGAUGCCUCGUCUUCGACGUGCCGUCUUCUAUAACUGCCCUGACUUGAAGGAGGUUACUAAACAAAUGCGUUCAUUGGGUAGUAACUUGGAGUUUAUAGAAUAUGAUGUUAAUCAUGGUUUAUCUCUUGGGUAG